AGCGUAGGCAGAAACGACAAAAAUCCACAGGACUGAAUGAUUUACCAUCCGAUAAUAAUUCAUUAUCCUCUUAUUUUGUGCCUGGAAGUGUGGGAAAAUAAACAUGAAUAGAUAUUCCUCAACUUAUAGUCUUAAUGAUGCGACAGAUAUUCAGCGCCUGACAAAGAUUUUGUCUUUAACGCCUUUAUAAUCAAGGGACACCAACCCAGUCAAAUAAGAAGUCAGGGAUUAGUGAGUUCGAGGAUAUAAAUAUAAAGAAGCGUUUGAUCUAGGCUCGCUAGCAGUUGCGAGAGGUGUGUAACACGACGUACCCAAUGGUAAUCUGAUGCGGAUGCGUAACCGAGUGUCUUCAUCUGGGUGGUGUCCAAUAAAACCAACCAAGGUCAGCGUCAGUGUCGAAGACUUGACUAUUUAUUUUGGGAAUUUAUUUACUGCUACAAUCUUGAUAAAAAAUGAUAUUCAAAUCUCCCUGGAUGUUCACUGAAACCAUGACUUUGGGAUUCCAUGUUUUGAUUCUCUACUAGAUGGUUCUUACAGUAGUGAAUAAUUUCUUGUUUCAAAAUCCACUUUGGUUAGUUUUUGUAACCACGUCACUAAUUCAUUAUUAUCUAACAAACAAAAGACAGUGUAACUGUAGUUUACCAUAAUAACUGUUCCUGGAGGCGCCAAAAAAUUUUUAGUCCUCGUUCUGAAGAACAACAAGGAUCAAUAAUAAUACUAAUUAUAGCUUUCCAGUCAAAGUAAUCUUUUGCCUUCCCGGAGAGUAAAUACUUCAUUCCUGCAGUAUUUUUCAUCCCUCUCGGCUCAUCUAUUCUCUUUAUCUUUUACAGCGUAGUUUGUCGAAUUGGGCUAGCUGAAUUGGCAUGAAAUUGAGCCAAGAUUGUACAUUGAUACACUAAUUAUGUUAAUACAAUUAACAAAGUUUUAUGUGCAGUUAUACCUUAUUACUAUUGAUCCUUCAGGUUAACGGUCUUUGGUAUCAACGGGGUGAUAUUUCUCAAAUGGUCAAAAAUGGUUCACUUCAUAAAUUACUGUUUGCAAGCCUUUUGUAAGAAAUAAAUUGAAUAUAGUUACAUUUGUAAAAUGAUAGACAAGUAGAACAUAGAAUCUAACAACUGACUGAGUCAAUAGCUUAACAAUGAUAUCUUGGAUUUAUUCUUUCCAACUGUGUUUCACAUAUUGUCAAUUUCUAUUAUCUCAUUUAGUAGCUUUUAUUGUUCUAUGGAUACGUGUAAUGUUUUUCAUGAGUAGUAAGCAAGUAAAUAUGUAACACGUCAAUAAACUAACCUUUUACUCUCUACAGGUCACACAAUUUUAGGUAUGAAAAAAACGCUCAACGUAUACAUUUUUCGUAAAAAUAUAAAUCUGAAUAAUUAUUAAGUUGGGACGUUUUUGUGUUUUUCGCUUUGUGAACGUAACGUUUAUUUUCUGUCCUGGAUGUUCGGUUUAUCUUUGUAUUCAAUCGCAAACGUAUUCUACAUUUCUCCAUAGGUUUUUGGGCGAAUUUGAUUAACGUGCUCACAGUGGGCUUUUUAAUAUGUGUAGGAACAUUUUGCAAGGAACAGUGUAUCACCGUCUUCGGGAUUUUUAUCGCUUACGAACUUUAUGCCGUUUAUCAAAAAAUUUUAUCAAGUGGACAUGACUUCUCGUCUAAUAGUUUCAAAGACAAUUUCCAAAAAGACAAACCGUUCAAGGAUAUAGUUUCAUCUGCUUAUAAAAAAAUUCAGUUUAAGUUGUUUUCACCAGCGUGGUUUUCAUGUGCACCCGUCUACAGAAUGUUCAUUCUUCUAGUGUUUUUCAUUGCUAUAUUGAUUGCACGUAUUAAAAUAAUGGCUGGACAGUUGCCACAUUUUACAGAGUUUGAUAACCCAGCUUCUCAUGCACCUCCACUGACUCGUCGCCUCACUCAUCUUUACCUGGUUCCUGUUAAUCUAGGCUUAUUAAUAUUCCCUUCUAAUCUAUGCGCUGAUUGGACUUUGGGAAGUCUAAAGCUUAUUCAAGGCUGGGCAGAUCCACGUAAUAUUUUGACGCUGAUGGCCUUCAGUUUCAUCUUAUUGCUAGUUUUCAUUACUGUUAAUUGGAAAACACCUUUACAUCAAGGUCGAGCUGUAUGUAUGGCUCUGAGUUUGAUGAUAUUUCCCUUUAUACCAGCCAGUAAUUUAUUUUUUCCCGUUGGUUUCGUUGUUGCUGAGCGUGUUUUAUACACACCAAGUUUGGGCUUUUGUCUACUUAUUGGUUUGGGUUUUGAAAAUCUACUUGGUCUUAAGUUUGUCCAGAUAAACACUAUGACAAAUUCAAAAUCAUCUGAAGUAAAGAAAGUUUGCAGCUUCAAAAAUGGUCUUCACUCUCGAAAAUAUCCUCGAAUCUCAAUGGGACUAGUCAUUAUCGCAUUCGUUUGUAAGACUGUUAGACGCAAUACAGACUGGUCGAACGAAUACAAUCUGUUUACAUCAGCGUUAAAAGUAAAUCCUAACAAUGCCAAAAUGUGGAAUAAUGUGGGGCAUUCUUUGGAAGCUGAAGGAAAGUACUCAGAAGCACUUGGCUACUUUAGAAAAGCUGUCAAUGUUCAGCCAAAUGAUAUGGGCGCUCGAAUUAAUGUUGGCCGCACAUAUGUAAACCUGGGAAUGCCAGAUAAAGCAGAAGAAGCGUAUUACGGAGCGCUUGAAUAUUUCCCUAAACCAAAGAAAGGUCAAACUUAUUAUGCUCGUGUUUCUCCCAAAGAUCUAAUGGUUUUUAUCAAUCUUGCCAAUUUAUAUAUCACUAAAUCACCCCCGAGGCUUGAGGAUGCUGCUACUCUUCUUCGUCGAGCCAUUUCACUGCGAUCUGAUUUUGUGGACGCUUACCAAAACUAUGGUAGUGUACUUAUCAAGUUAGGAAGGUAUAAAGAAGCUGAGGAAGCGUAUAGAAAUGCUUUAUUGUACCAACCGAAAAGCCCAGAUUUAAAUUACAACUUGGGAGUUGUCCUCUUGGAGUCUCAUAAGAAAUCAGAGGGUUUGUCUUAUCUAAACACUGCCUUAACUUACAAUCCACAACAUGAGCCUUCCCUGUUUGCUGUUGCAUCAACUCUUGGUGAAUCAGCUAAUCCUGAUGACCAGCUAAGAGCAAUAAACAUCUAUGAACAUCUUCUCAAACAAAAUUUUGAACCGAUCAAAGUACAUUUCGCUUUGGGUAUGUUACAAACUGAUAAAAAGAACUAUAUCAAAGCAUCUAAACAUUAUCAGGAUGUUAUUAUUCUGGAUUCUGAUCAUAAAGGUUCAUUAUUUAACCUAGCUCUACUUUAUCGGAAUCAUCUUGGAAAACCAGAUGAUGCAAGGAAUCUCGCACUUCAUCUUAUCAAGGUUCAUCCUUCACAUAUAAAGUCUUAUUUACUUCUCGGAGAUAUAGAAUUAACUGAAAAAGCGAACAUAAAAUUAGCAAAGCAAUAUUUUGAAGAAGCGCUAAAAUUGGACCCAAAGAACAUUCAGGCAAAACAUAACCUUUGUGUUGCUUUGGCAGAUGAAGAUGAUCUAGAAAAAUCGGAAUCAUGUCUUUUAGAGGCUAUAGCUAUGGAACCAAAACCUCAAAACUAUUUACUACAACAUCUAGAAAUUAUACGUGGACGUCUGCAUUCUCGUGGAAAACAUGCAUAUACCAAGUUAAACAAUGAUAAGUAAUCGAACUAUCGAAAUCAUACAUGAUUCUAAUGUUUAAAAACUGUAUCCAUUGUUUCUGUGCUUAG